GGAUGAGAUUCACAUAUUGAUCAUUUACGAUUUAACACGGAUGCACCGUGUCCAUAUAAACAAGAUCCAGUAUUGGCUUAAACACUUUAGCCUCACAGUGUAAUUGAACAUGGAUGUAAUGCAUUCGUGCAAUGGCCUAAAUGACCCACACUUUUUUGACUUACCCUUUCUACAGGAUUUACAUUUAAGUAUCCACGUGUAACAUAUUACACUAACCAUACUACGGGCUUUGUAAUACUGUUUCCUUAUUUGUCCUGUUUAUUACAGCCCAAAGACCAGAAUGGACUUCGGAGUUGUAUUUCAUCUCGAGAGGCUUCAAUCAUAGUAGCGUAACUAUGAAUUUUUCGGGAAACAUGAUAGGCCUAGCCUACUGUAAAGUGGACAUGUUGUGGACUAUCUAUAAUGUUUCUGUCCAUAAAAGAAUGUAGGCUGGGAGCGCGUGGUCUUUGCUUUAGUCAGCGACACGCACGCACGCUCGCACACGAUAAAGAGCGAAAAUAGGUGCGGUUUCUCAUGGUUUGACGUCACACACAUCAGUUCUCACACAUGGUAUGAAUGGUUGAACAGGACUAGGCUAUCUGUCUUCUACAGUAGACGACACCCCUGUUCGAAUAGCCGGUGGCGCUGGGACCAGCUUUGCACGCAAUCUUCCCACUGAGGUAUUUUUUUCUCUCUACGGACAUCGGCAUAUACCGGUAGGCUAAUUUAACCGAUCGAAACCGACAUUUUCUUGUGUUUUCGAUUUCUUGAUAAAUUUUUAUGUUUGGUAUAUUUUAUAUUACCUGCGAGGAAUAAUAGCCCGACCCAGUCGUGGAUAGUUUUUGACAGCUGAGAGAAGAGAUGGAGAAAAUAAUGUACAGACACCUACCGAUGAAUCAAAGUUUUCUACCUACGUCUAAUCACGGCGUACUUAAGUCUUUAUUGGAGAACCCUAUGAAACUACCUCUGCUUCAACGACAUGAACAUCAUGACGGUUUUGAGAAGGAGAGAGAGAAGGAGAAGAAUUUGGAUGAGGAGCGGAGCGCCCCACAGUUAGCUUUCCUGGGUCCCACACUGUGGAACAAGACUCUUCCCUACGAUGGGGACAACUUCCAGCUGGAGUAUAUGGAUCUGGACGAGUUCCUCUCGGAAAACGGCAUUCCUUCUGACCUCCCUGCCUCCACCACCGUCCAUCGUGACCAGCACCAGUCACACCAGUCACACCAGUCACAGGACAAGCACCAGACGUCAAUCAUGUCACAAGCCCCGCCCACACCAUCAGCCUCUGUGAUUGACCUCAGCAACCAUGUCAGUGCAUCAUCGUCCGCACACACAACCAUUGCAACACAGAACUGUCUCCCUGGCUUUGCCAGAGCAGCCCUGAAUUCCAGAAACACUCCCAGUCCCAUUGACCCAGAGUCCAUCCACGUGCCUGUGAGCUAUGAACCCGACCCUGCCGACUUGGCUUUGUCCAGCGUACCAGGACAGGAGAUGUUCGACCCUCGCAAACACAAGUUUGCCCCAGAGGAGCUCAAACCACAACCCAUGUUCAAGAAGGCUCGCAAAGUGUUGUUUCCUGACGACAUGAAGGAUGACAGGUAUUGGGUGAGGCGUAAGAAGAACAACGUGGCAGCCAAGAGGUCACGGGACGCCCGUCGGCUUAAAGAAAAUCAGAUUGCCAUCCGAGCAGGUUUCCUGGAGAAGGAGAACUCAGCCCUGAGGAUGGAAGUAGCCGACCUGAGGAGAGAGUUGGGACGGACCAAGAACAUUGUGGCCAAGUACGAGGCUUCACACGGACCUCUGGAAUGAGACAGAAUACACACUCCGGCCGUUUGUGGUGCUGAUUAUUUAUCACAAGACAGUAAAGAAUGAGACUGAGAGUCUGAUCUCAACCUGUCUGAGACCACCAACUGAACCAUGUGUUCCACAACCUCCCGGUUCCCCACAGAACCUCAGAACUGCCUCUUACCGUCUCAGAAUUGCCUCUUACCAUCUCAGAACUGCCUCUUACCAUCUCAGAACUGCCUCUUACCAUCUCAGAACUGCCUCUUACCGUCUCAGAACUGCCUCUUACCAUCUCAGAACUGCCCUGUACAAACAGGUUGAAAGACAGUACAACUCAGACUCAGAAUGUACCACCCCAUCUAUCUGGGCUUUGUGUUAUUAGUGCUUUUUAUUAGUGUUUUUAAUUUUGCUCUUCUAUGUAUCCACAAAUACGUAUAUACACACACGCACAUACACACACACACGCAUAUAAACACACACAUACACACACACAGACAUACAUACAUACACACACUCACACCCAAACACACACAGACAUACAUAAAUACACACACACACAGACAUACAUAAAAAAAAAUAUAUAAAUUCAUAACUAAUGUCUUUGAAGUUUUUCUUUCCUUACUGAUGGUUUGUACAUAAUGGCCAUGCCUUUUACUGUGGCAUUUUAUUUGUCUCAUGAAUAUGUACUGUUGAAUGUUAUGUUACCUGGCUACUCUCCAUCCACUCUAAAUCUGAAUUUAUCUGUAAAUGAUCUUAAAAUCUGGAUUUAUCUGUAAAUGAUCUUAACAUCUGGAUUUAUCAGUAAAUUAUCUUAACAUCUGGAUUUAUCUGUAAAUGAUCGAUAACAUAUGGAUUUAUCUGUAAAUGAUCGAUAACAUCUGGAUUUAUCAGUAAAUGAUCGAUAACAUCUGGAUUUAUCAGUAAAUGGUCUAUAACAUCUGGAUUUAUCUGUAAAUGAUCUACAACAUCUGGUAUUGCCUGUAAAUGUUAUUGAUAUUGUGUCCAUGGUUGCUAUGGUUUUCAGUGGUUUCCUUACUGUACAUAUAUUGUAGGUUAUGUCACUUUACGUACAAUUGGUUAUGUCAGUUAACAGGUUAUGUCAGAUAACAGGUUAUGUCAGUUGUGACGUUUCACUGUCCUCAUUUCCGUUUUUGUUCCCAUUUUUUCUUUUUCUCUGUCAGAAAUGAAGUGCUUGGGAUAUGUAGUAGCAAAGGUGUAAUGAAGUGCUUGGGAUAUGUAGUAGCAAAGGUGCAAAGAAGAUCACUGAUCAACUUUUCUAAUUUCUCUUAUUGUUAGCCUGGGUAAAGAACUGUCGAUACAUUCAGUAAUGUUUCAUCAUUGCCUUAGUGUGGGACAUGUCAUCUGAGUCAGAUAGAUUUGCACCUAGGCUAGCAGGCUAUAAUGUCAACUUUCUCAUUUGGUCUUAUAGCACUGUUCCUUCAGUGGUAAUGUGUAUAACAAAGGUUGUUUCAAGUUACCUGUCAGAACAUUGUAUUAUAACGCUGUUCUACAGAAGAAUGGUCAGAAGCUAAGCUCUUGGUUUGCUCUGUAACAAACGUACUGUCACAGACACAAAUGAAACUGCCAUCCUUAUUUCACCACAUCUCAUUUGCAAUUACUUUAUUUGAUAAUAUUUAGCAUAUAUACAGUAUAUCUUUUCAUAAAAGUGUGCAUGUUUCUAUUUGCUCUUGAUGCAUUUAAAUGUCAACAUUAUUACCAUCCAUACAAUAGACAGUAUCAUUUUUCUCUUUCAUUUUUCAUGAGAUUUCUCUGCUAUUACCAUCUGUACAGUAGAUUUCAACACUAAUACUAUCCAUACAAUAGACAGUAUUCUUUGUUUUCUUUUAUUUUUCUCCAAGAUUUCUCUGUUCUUGUAGAGGUGCAGUGGGUUCAUAUUAGGAAAGCCUCUCAGUCCAGCUGAGAUGCAGGUAAACAUUACAGGACACUAUGUAUAUAUAUAUAUAUAUAUAUAUGUGUGUGGGUGUGUGUGACUUCUUCUCCCUGUGAAUUAAUAUAAGUCACAGGGAGAAUAAGUCACACACACAUAUAUAUAUAUAUAUUCUGCCUGUGACUUAAUGAGAAAAGAAUGUAGCUCACAGUACAGUGAUAUAUGCUGUCCUUCUAAUCACUUUCCAUAUCUCUUUACUACAGACCAAAAGAAAACAGUAAACAAAGGAUAUAUUGAUAUAUUAAAGGUUUUAUUGUUUAUACAGA